AUGCGUCUUGAUGAGGAGGUAAAGGAGUAUGGCGCGGAGGUGUUGGAGAGUUAUGAGGAGGAGGGGCCGAGGGAGGGGGGUGAGGGUGCGACUGGAAAUGGGACGGGGACGCCGAGAGAGGGGAGGGAGGGGAGGAGGGGGUGUCGUUUAUGGAGAGUGGUGGUGUCGAGGGAAGAAAAAAGUGAUGUUGCACGGGAUUUUCAUCUGUGGCAUGUCGGAGCGACGAUAAGGCCGAGCCAGAUCUCCGUCGGAUACGGAGAGAUGGAGAACCGUUCUUUCGAUGAAGCAGGAUAUCCUGGAGGAGUCACCUGGAAGCCGGAUCUUCCAACGGUUCCAAAAGAAACCCCCAGCAAUCCGUUCGCACUUUCCUUGUAUAUGCUCAUCCUCGUGUAG